AUGGUAAAAUUCCUUUCUAGCAUCCACAACCUGGAACCACCUAACCGCGGGAUAGAAAGCGGCUGCAUCAAUAUUGACAUCAGACGAUCUAAUACUGCCAACUCCGAUCGUCUGUUCCCUCUGGUCCAGAGCCAGCUGGAGCAAACCGUAGAUGUGGGCGGAGAAUUUUCUGAGCGUUCCUGCCAGCCUCCGCUUCAGCUAAAUAUCGUGAUCCAGAUCGUGGGAUCAAGAGGCGACGUCCAGCCGUUCGUGGCACUCGGAAAAGUGCUUCGCGAAGUACAUGGCCAUCGCGUCCGCAUCGCCACACAUGCAGUCUUCAAAUCAUUCGUUGAAGAACAGGGAUUGGAGUUCUUUAGCAUUGGUGGCAAUCCCGAGGCCCUAAUGAGAUUCAUGGUCAACAACCCUGGCCUACUGCCUCAUUAUCAGAGCCUGCGCAGCGGCGAGGUUUUGAAACAGCGAAAAUGUCUCUAUGAAGUUCUCAAGGGUUGCUGGAGAUCAUGCAUAGAGGCAGGCGACGGAAUGGGGCCACGGCCAACGAAUGAAGACUAUGCGAGCCUCCCGAAAUGGAGUUCUACUCCAGCAAACACAAGGCCCUUCGUUGCAGACGUUAUCAUUGCGAAUCCACCAAGCUUUGCCCAUGUGCAUUGCGCGGAAAGGCUGGGUGUCCCAUUGCAUCUGAUGUUCACUAUGCCAUGGACACCAACACAAGCAUUCCCUCAUCCACUUGCAAUCAUACGCUCUUCAAGUUUGGACAAGGGAUUGGCUAAUCUGCUAUCUUAUACUCUGGUCAACAGGGUUGUUUGGCAUGGUCUGGGAGAUGUCAUAAACCUCUUCCGGCAGCGAUGUCUCCAUUUGGAACCACUCAGCAUGAUUUGGGCUUCCGGGAUAACCCAUAGUCAUGACAUACCCUUCACUUAUGCAUGGUCUCCGGCGUUGCUACCAAAGCCGCCUGAUUGGGGCCCUAACGUUUCCGUGGCUGGAUACUUCCAACUACCGCCAUUGGAGUCCCCACCAAAAGUCCCUGGAAGAUUGUUGGAGUUUCUAGCAGCCGGUCCUCCACCGAUUUAUGUCGGCUUUGGCUCAAUUGUGGUGAAAGACCCCGAGAGGAUGACCCAAAUCAUAUUCGAAGCUGUUGCAGAGGCAGGUGUUCGUGCACUAGUUUCGGUGGGAUGGGCCGGCCUUGGAGGCGGAGAGAUACCAAAGAAUGUCCAUAUUAUAUCUGACAUUCCGCACAGUUGGCUUUUCGACCAAGUCUCCGCCGUCGUGCAUCAUGGAGGCGCGGGAACCACGGCGGCCAGUCUCAUGGCUGGGAAACCAACAGUCAUAGUGCCUUUCUUUGGUGACCAAUUCUUUUGGGGGAAGAUCGUCGCACAGGCGGGUGCUGGACCCCCUCCGGUUCCGUAUAAAACGUUAACGACGAAGCGGCUGGCCACGGCUAUCACCCAAGCCUUGUUGCCGUCCACUGUGGCGACCGCUCAGAGAUUGAGCGAACGAAUCCGAGCUGAACACGGGAGUGAAACCGGUGCUGAAAUUUUCCAGGCCAAACUGCCAGCGUCCAAGUUACGUUGCUCGAUUCUCACGCGUCGUGCAGCAGUUUGGAAGGUGAAGAAGACACAAAUCCGACUCAGUGCGCUCUGCGCGGCGACCCUCGUGAAGGAAAGAAUAUUACAUAAGCAAGACCUUGAACUAUACCGAUCUCAGGAAUACGAGCUCGAGCAAGGCCCGUGGGGUCCGAUUUCCGGCACCGUGUCCACCUUAGUCAGUACUGUUGGCAGACUGACCCAAGAAUUCGUCGAAUUGCCAAUCAACAUUGUGCAGACUUUCCAGUCACCCAAGCCCGAACCUAUUGGACCUUGCGACUCAUUGUCCCAAGCAAGCUCUUGCCCCCUACCAACUUGCUCUGCGCCACCAAAUCUGGUUUCCCUGAACGACAAGGCCCUCCGACCACUCGAUUCCCGUACUUCGUAUGUUGCAGAGUUGUUGCAGAGACGAACUCUUAACAAACAACUCGAAGCCGACCUUUGCGGCUCUCUGAAACGCCGAGCACCCUCCCGCCAUGACCGGCGGGGUCGUCAAGUCCUUCAAAAGGGCAAGUCAAAAGAACUUUUGCAGACCAUGGCAGACAUUUCUGUCGAUAUAACGUCCAACGUGGUGUCUUCCCUGACAAACAUCGCAGACCUCUGUCUGAUGUUUCCCGCCAAACUGACCAUGUCUCUUGCUUUGGGUUUCCACAACGCGCCAAAGUUGUACGGCGACAAAACGGUCCGCCCACCGCCGUCUACACGCGUGAGCACAUUCAAACACGGCCUCGGGCACGGCGCACGAGAGUUCCAGACCCAGCUAUCCGACGCUGUUACCGGGGUGCUGCUGCUCCCGCUCCACGGGGCCAGAGAGGACGGUUUCGUGGGGUUCACUAAGGGCCUGGGCAUGGGGGCUGGCGGACUCGGGCUGAAGUCCAUGGCGGCAAUCUUUGGCUUACCGGCAUACACGCUGAAGGGACUCCACAAGGGAUUGCGUAAGCACGACAUUCUGGAUUUCACGCGGUAUAUCGACGCUGCGAGGACGGCGCAGGGCGAGGAGGAGUGGAACAGGGCUACGGACGCCGAGAAGAAGGAGAUCAUCAGGCGUUGGAAUGAGAUCGCUCCGAAGUCCUAA